CCGUACGGUCGCUUGAGAAGAAGUAUGAGCUGCGUGGAAGAUUUUCUCGACGCCCAAAUGUGGUAUUUGCGCUACUGUGGAGUGUUUCGCGAGAAAAGCGUGCUCGGUGGAAUCCGGCUGAGCGUCUGUCUCGGUGUCCUGGUCGUGUUUAUGGUGCUGCAGUCGAUCUACAUAUUCCAGCACGUGCACCACUUCGCCAUGAUCUGCGAUGCCAUACCGACGCUGGUCGUCUGCAUGGUGGCUAUUUCCAAGUUCUACAUCUUCGUUUUCCACCCGGCCGCCCUGUUCGCGCUGAUUGAUUCGUUCAAAGCGCUGCAGCGGCGGGCUAGCAGGGAGGACUUGCUGCUGUUUCGGCGCAGCGGAGCGUUUCAUGCGAAGCUGACGAAAAUCUACAUGACAUCGGCACUGAUUGUGGGUUGGUUCUACAUACUAAGUGCCAUCGUCUCAGGAAUCUCGCGGUCGUUGGCGGAAGGACGGGUCCAUUUUGUAGCACCGAUGGCCUUUCCCCACAACUAUCAGCAUCCGCUCAUGUUUGCGUUAACGUUCCUGUUCAACUGUGACUCCAUACACAUGAGCAUCUUCAUUAGCGGAAGUGUCGAUACGUGCUUUUCCGAGCUGGCGACGAGCGUUACGAUCCACUUUCAGCUCAUCCAACGCCAGUUCCAGGCAGUUGACUUUGCGGCUCGUACCGCCGAAGACGAACUGGAGGUCGUCGUGGCGUACCAUAAGGAUGUGCUGCAGUUGUGCCUGGCCAUGACGAACCUCUUCCAGUACACCGUGUUCUACCUAUUGCUGCUAGACUCGGUGCUGCUCUGCGUGAUUGGCUAUCAAUUUGUGAUAUUCAUGAACACGCCGCGUGUCCUUAUGCUGGCGUCGAUGGCGUUCGUUAUGGUUUUACAAGCGGUCAUAUAUUGUUACCACGGUUCCAUGAUGUACGAUGAGAGCUUGAAGGUGGCGGACGCGAUUUACCAGAGCAAUUGGUACGAGGCUCCACCGGCGGUACAGAAGCGGCUGCGAUUAUGUAUCAUGCGAGCCCAGAAGCCUAUCGUCACCAAAGGUGGCUUCAUAAAGGCCACCCUGCCCACACUGAAGAAGAUUUUAAACUCAACGGGAUCAUAUAUCACCAUGCUGCUCUCCUUAGAGACGGAGCAGUAUCAGCAACAGUGAGCAGUAGCACAGCAACGGUGGGCACACCCAAGGGAGUAACACCUCAGUCACAGUAUAGGCCAAUUGCGGGGAAUAUCCCUCGGAGGCACGGCACGUUAGCCCGUGUGGCACAGCUUGCAUCAUUUAACAAGCAUUUCGUGCUCUACCGGAACACUAAUGUGGUUGAUAUGUUGUUGAACACCUUUCGUAGCCGCAUAAGCAUAGCCGUGAAAUGCAAAUAUUUAUUCUUACAAAAGGCGAUAAAAACCUGUCUGCUCGUUAGUUGUUUGAUUAAAGCUUUUGACGCACAGCGUUCGUUUCACAUUGAAUUUAGAACUAUUCACUUGUGAGCAAGAAAGAUUCAAGGACCAAAACGGUCCACCGAUGAGAAUAAAUCGAAUAGAUAAAAAAGUUGUGAAUGGUUUGGCUACUUGUUUGGAGAUGUUGCGAAGUUGUUCUAAGCACGGUAACGAUGGUGCAAAAGUGCAGCAAAUGUAGUCAACGUAAAUCGCUUUGGUCAUUAAUAUUGUUCACAUCGGUGUCUACCUUGAAAACAACUUGCAGUUCUCCAACAACUGCAGAACGUAUUCAAAAAGGUGGAGAAAACUGCAUUAAAUCAACUCAGUACCAUGCACUGUUCCUUCCUUAAACUUGCAAAUAGUGCCACUGCCCCGAAGGAAUCGCUUGGAAAGAAACUGCUUCUAGAUAAGAUCGGUAAAUGAUGACAUCGCUUUCGUAACUAAUUUUAGCAUUGUGUUUGCGGU